CGGCACGUGAUUGACAUCUCGGUUGACCAUUGGGAAGCUCUGACGUUGGGGGCGGGAGCUGAACAGGACCAAUGAGGAGCGAGUGGGCGGAGACAGAGUGACGGUUGGAGAAACACAAACAUGGCCGAGUCACUGAGAUCCAGAGUCACCGAUCAGAGCAAAAAGGAGAGCUCACCCAUCCCGUCAGGAUCAGCUGAGGAUGGAGGUGACUCCAAAAGAGUCGUGACUGAAGCAACAGGUUCAGCAAAUGAAGAGAGCGUUCUGGGCAAAAGAGGAGGAUUCUCAGUUGGUGAAAAUAAACAUCUCAAAAUAUCUAAGAAAGGAGGCCGAACCGGAAAGAUUUUGAGCUCAAAACACAACCAAGCGAGUGGAGGAGAGGCCGAGAGCAGCAGAUACUGUUUGAGAAAGAAGGAGAAAAGAAAUUGCACUGACGAAAGGGAUCUUCCUGAGGAUGACUACCUGUCUCCCAAAGUGGAUGAUCCUGAGUCUCACUCUCGCCCUCAUUGCAACGUUGUGUUUACUCAUACCGAGUUCUGUCAGAAAGACAGCAGAAGACAUCCCGAGCUCCGUCGAGACACAUCAACACAAUCUGCCUGUAGCGAAAAUGUUUCUUCACCGCAGAGAGAGUGUCAGGGAUCUAUCACGUAUACUGUUGCAGAAAAGGGGUUUAUGCAGAGUCACCAGCGAUCGAUCUCAGGAGAGAGACCGUAUAAAUGUGCCGAAUGCGAAAAGAGUUUCACAUCAUCAAAGAACUUCCGCAUUCACCAACGGUCACACACGGGAGAGAAACCGUAUAAAUGUGCUGAUUGUGGAAAAAGUUUCACAACAUCAAGCAACCUCUACGUUCACCAUCGAUUACACACAGGAGAGAAACCGUAUAAAUGUGCUGGAUGUGGAAAGAGUUUCACACAGUCAGGUGCCCUCCUAAGACACAAGCAAUCACACACGGGAGAGAGACCGUAUAAAUGUAGUGAAUGUGCGAAGAAUUUUACAACAUCAGGGGAGCUUAAGGUUCACUAUCGAUUACACACAGGAGAGAGACCCUAUAAGUGUGCAGAAUGUGGGCAGACGUUCACACACUCGGGUGCCCUCCAAAUUCACCAGCGAUUACACACAGGAGAGAGACCGUAUAAAUGUGGCGAAUGUGGUAAGAGUUUUACACAGUCGGGGAACCUCAAGUUACACCAUCGAUCACAUACAGGAGAGAGACCGUAUAAUUGUGCUGAAUGUGGAAAAAGUUUCUCACUGUCAGGGGACCUCAAGGUACACCAACGAUCACACACAGGAGAGAAACCGUUUGAAUGUGCUGAAUGUGGGAAGGGUUUCACGUCAUCAAGGAAUCUCCAGAUACACCAGCGAUCACACACCGGAGAGAGACCGUAUAAAUGUCCUGAAUGUGGGAAGAGUUUCACAACAUCAGGAAAUCUUCAGGUACACCAGCGAUCACACACAUAUGGAGAGAGACCAUACAAGUGUACUGAAUGUGGAAGGAGUUUCACUAUGAAACAGUACCUCCAAACACACCAGAAAGGGCAUAGAGGAGAGACUGUAUAAAUGUCUUGAAUGUGGGAAUAAUUUUGCUGAUUCCAAGCAGAAGAAUGAUCACAAAUGCUCUGAAAGAUGUCA